AUGCUGUAUUCAAUCUUCCUUGUUGCGCUAUUCUCUUCAAAUUUCUUUACAGGUUCCUCUGAGCCAGUGCUCGACACCGACGGCCAUCCGGUGCAACCAGGCGUCAAGUACUACAUACUUCCCUCCUUGCCCGGCGCAGGGGGCGGCCUCACUUUAGCUACCAACAAAGGCAAGUGUCCAUACGAAAUCGUCCAAAUUCUAAACGAGCACGACAAUGGCCUUCCGGUUACCUUUUCCCCGGCCAAUGUGCGCGACAAAACGAUCCAACUCAACACCGAUUUGAACAUAAAGUUCACAGAUUUCCAGCACACAACACAAUGCCCGGAAUCCAAGGUUUGGAAAUUCGAUGCCAGCAAGCAAAAGCAAGAUGCUUUGUUCGUGACAGUUGGUGGAGUUGAAGGGAAUCCUGGACGUGAAACUUUGGCCAACUGGUUCAAGAUUCAGAAGGAAAAUAAAUACUAUAAGAUUGAGUAUUGUCCGACUGUUUGUAAAGAGUGCAGGGUUAUCUGUGGAGACGUUGGUCCGGUUAUCUACGAUGGAAGAAAACGUUUGGCUGUGAAUCAGUCACCGCUCAUCGUAGUCUUCAAGAAGGCAUAA